CUGUGAUUGUCUGUGGUAAACAAAUAUUUUUUCUAUGAGAUUUCAAUAAAAUCUUAAAAAAAGAUAUUAAUUUAGUGUAAAAAUAUUAGUGAAAAUUUCUUAAAUUAUGUUAAUAACAAAUCCUGAUUUAAUAAACAGUUGUCGGGUGUGCCGUAGCCCCAAUCAGGAUGGUGAUUAUGAAUGUUUAUAUCAAAAUAGUGGACAACACGAGGAUGGUCUCCAGUUAAGUGAGGCUGGUCUGCUAUAUGAAAAUCUAUUGGAUAUUUCCCUUACUAAGGGCGAUGCUUAUCCGCAAUUUUUGUGCAAUAGUUGUGAUUUACAAAUGAAACUUUUCAAAAAACUCAAAGACAAAGCCUACAAGACGUUGGAAUACUUACAAAAUCUAUAUGAAGAACAGUUAAACUCGAAUAAACUUAAAACUGAACAGAAAGAUGAAGAAAUGCCUCAAGACAAUGGCCAGGAGCCGGUGGAAUCUGCAGAGGAAUAUAGCAGCUUAGCAAAUGAAUAUGUUAAAAUAACCAGUGAAUAUCAGGAAAACGCUCGGGAAGAUUAUGCCCUAAUAACUGCUAAUGAGUAUGAAAAAACUUCCAUUGAAGAAUUUCCCGAUAAUGUGGUGAAUGAGUAUCAGGAAACCUCCUCCCUUGAAUACCCAGCAAACCAAAGUAGUGAUUACCAGGAAAGUGUAAACUCUGAGUAUCCAAACAAUGAAAAUGAGUUUCACUACCUAGGAGAGAACUCUCAACAGCAAACAGAAAUAGAUCAGGAAAGUCCUUUAUAUCAAACAGAAGAUUUCUCGAAUACUCUAAACCAAACAAAUACGGAAACGAAUGCAGCUCCCCUAAAUAUACAAACACUGGCCGAACAAUUGAAAUUAGACAUCGAACAACCUACCAUUACCGACAUAAAAUAUCGUUUCUCUGCCGAAGAAAUAACCGAAAAUCCAAACAGCUCCCAAGAAACAAUACCGCAAAUUCGUUUAGACUUGGAGCCGAUCAUUGAUAAAACGGAUUAUGUUACCGAAAUCUAUGAGCUGCUAGACGAUGAAAGCAAACAAGAAACAUUAAAUGAAAGCAAUGGAAAUACUGUAGAAUACGAUAUAUAUACAGAGGAAAAACCGGAAGAGACUAGUUCAGUAUAUAGUGAUGUGGAAUAUGUAAUCGAAGAGGAAAUGUGUGAUGAUGAGGGUGAGUCAUUGGAAAAUGUGAUAGAAUUAAAAGGUACAAAUCGAGCGAAAAGGAGAAGACUGAAUAAUACUAACCGGAGAAAGAAUGCUGAAAGAGUGGGUAAGAAAAGAGAGUAUAGUUGUGUUCCCUGUCAGCUGGAAUUUAAAAAUCUACAGGAGCAUAAAAAGCAUAGAACCGAAGUACAUGACAAUAAAUAUCCCUGCAGUAUAUGUGCCCGUGAACUAAAAUCCCUGCCCAGUUUGCAUCAACACAUGAAAAUACACAACGAACAGCCGGCCUAUCAGUGUAACAUUUGUCAGAAAACCUUUAAUCAAAAGGCCCACUAUCUCUACCACAUGAAUCGACACAAUAAUAUACGCAAUUUUAAAUGUACGGAAUGUGAUAAAACGUUUAUUGCUAAAACCGAUUUAAAGGUACACAUGAGAACUCACACUGGAGAUAGGCCAUAUGUUUGUAAUAUCUGCGGCAAAGAUUAUUUAAUGAUGGAACAUUUGAAAACACAUCUUCUAACGCAUACCGAACAAUAUUUUCAAUGUGAUAUUUGUAAUCAUAAGUUUGCCACACAUAAGACGCUGAGAAUGCAUGUGCGAACGAUACACGAAGAUGAGCCAAGAUUUAAGUGUAGUUUCUGUUCGAAACCUUUUCGUAGAAAACAUCAUUUGGAGUAUCACUUGAAAUUGCAUCAAAAAAAUGUAAAAUUUUUAGAUAGCCAUUAUGAAAUGGUAGAUGUGGACGAUCCCGAUGCUGUAAUUAAUACCGACACGGACUAUAAUGCUGAUGAACUUGUUGAUCAAGAACUAGUAGAUGAUCCUGGCUUUAUAGCUUUAAACGAUGAUAUUGUAUAGUAUAUUAGAUAAUUUUUUAACUUGUUCGAAAAAA